UUGCAUUUUUAACAGACGACUCUUGUGACUGCAACGUUCCUCUGGGUUCUCAACGUGUCUGUGUUGAAAGCAAAAGUGUUUUUGCCACUCCGCCUCUUCGGUUGUCGACAGACUUCUGGUCUCCCGAGUUCGAAUAUAGUUUACCACGAAAAAUGAAUUCCAGAUUGAAGCUGACGCUAUUGACGACGUUAGUCGUUUGUUUGGCUGGCGUCGUUCGACCGCAAUAUCCACGUCCACCACCACCUCAUGCAGAUCACCGUUACGGCCCACCACCACCACCACCUCACCACCAUCAUCCGUACCAUGGCCAGGAAGAAGAACAUCAUGAAGCGCAAUGCGCUUUAGUUGUUCCAGGAUUGCCCGGCAAAUCGGCUGCUGGCGACCGUUACGCAAACUUAAAAUACGUGCCGGACGAGACGUGCAUCACGUACGAGGCCGUCGACGCGGCCUUUAGCGCGGCCAAGAGUAAACUUCGUCUGCCCAGCACCAAGAGCAGAACGCUGACGGAGCGCGAUAUCGAUCUGCUGGGCAAAGUCAUCGUAGAAACGACCCGCAAUUUGGCCAAUCAAUAUGGUCUGCCAGCCGAUGUCAUUUCCAACGGUCUGCCUCUGAUCGAUACGAGCAAGACGGCCAUCGACCAAUUUUGCCCGUCUUUCCUCAAAAAAGAAGAGUCCAAAUGUAUGGCUGAACGCUACCGGCAAUACAAUGGAUUAUGCAACAACCUCGAGCAUCCCUAUUGGGGCGCCGCAUUGACCGCCUUUCGUCGGAUGAUUCCGGCUGACUACGCCGACGGUAUCAGCAAGCCGCGCAUUUCCGCCAAUGGCAAGGAUCUGCCGACCACCCGCCACAUUUCGGCCGUCCAUCAUCACGACAUGGGAUACCACGAUCACGCAGUUACCGUUUUCCUCAUCUCGUGGGGUCAGGCCAUCGAUCACGACAUGACUUUCACGGCCGACACUAAAGAUCCCGUGACGGACACGGAUCCGCUGUGUUGCGACGUCCCCGAAAAUAAACGCAAUGAAGAAUGCUACCCAGUCGAAAUCCCGGCCAAAGACCCUUUCUACGCCUUGUUCCGCCGCCGUUGCAUGGAAUUCGUACGCUCCGCUUCGUCUCUGAAAGGCGAAUGCAAAUUAGGUCCCCGAUCGCAUUUGAAUUUGAUUUCGAGCGUCAUAGACGCCAACUUUAUUUACGGAUCCGACAAGGAGACGGCCGAUGGGUUGAGGACGCUCAAAGGCGGCCUACUCAAAAGCACGCCCAUGUUCCGCGAGCACGGACUCAAGGACUUGCUGCCACUCAAACUGGAAAAUCCAGAUGACGGAUGCAUCCGCGCCACUCCAGACACCUACUGCUUCAUGGCAGGCGACCCACGCGUCAAUGAACAACUGGUCCUCUCCGUCACGCACACGCUCCUCAUGCGUGAACACAACCGCAUCGCUCAAGAGCUAUCGGUUAUCAAUCCGCACUGGGACGAUGAAAUCAUCUACCAGGAAACACGUCACAUCAUGGCGGCUCUGAUCCAGCAAAUCACCUACAACGAAUUCCUGCCCAUGGUGUUGGGCAAAGAUUUGAUGGAGUCAAACAGUUUGAUUUUGGAACGCGACGGCUACUGGAACGGCUACAACGACCAAGUCGACCCGUCCCUACCGGCGUCGUUCGGUGCGGCCGCCUUCCGCUUCGGCCACUCGCUGCUGCCCUCGGCCGUCGAGCGAUGGAGCACGACGCACAAAUACAUCGGCGCCCAGCGAUUGAGUCAAAUGUUGCGCCAACCUUACGACCUGUACAAGGGCGGCUAUUGCGAUCAGUACGUCAGCGGAUUGAUGAACCAAGUGUCGCAGGCCAUGGAUGGAUCCAUGUCGCAGGAAGUGACCAAUCACUUGUUCCAGGAUUCGGGCAAAAACUGGGGACUCGAUUUGGCUGCGCUGAACAUGCAAAGAGGCCGCGAUCACGGCAUCCCCUCUUACAACGCCUUCAGAGAGCACUGCGGACUGAAAAGAGCAAACAGUUGGAGAGACCUGUCCGAUGCUUUCACUAACGAUACGCUGAAACAUUUCACUUCGAUUUACGAUUCGCCGGACGAUAUCGACUUGUGGACGGCUGGCGUCUCCGAACGGGCCUUGACGGGCAGCAUGGUUGGCCCGGUUUUCGGCUGCAUUAUCGGCCAAUCAUUUAGAGAUUUACGAGCCGGCGAUCGAUUCUGGCACGAAAAUCCCAAACAACCCAGUUCGUUCACCCUCGAACAAUUGCAAGAAAUCCGUAAAGUGAGACUGGCCCGAAUCGUUUGCGACAACAGCGACGAUAUUGAAAGCGCUCAAGUUUACGUCAUGGUCUUGCCUGACCCAGAAAUCAAUCCUCGAGUGUCGUGCAAGAGCUCCGUCCUACCGCGGAUGGACCUCAGCAAGUGGAAGGACAAGGAAACCAAAUACCCGGCAGCAGCUCAGCCUCCUGCUGGCCGUCCGCAUCAUCAUCAUCGUCCGGAUUACAACAGGAGACCACCACCACCUCCGCCUGGACAUCACCUCGGAUACCGUCCAUACGAAUCUGAUCCAUAAUUGAAGAGAAGCAGAAAGAAAAAACAACCAAAAGACAUCAAAAAUACGAUAAGAAAAGAUUUUAUUUUAACUCGAAUUUAUUGAAAAUAAUAAUAUAUUAUGAACUAUAUCGACCUCUUUUCUAAAUGAGAAGGACACAUAUUAUUUAGCCCUGAAUGAUGCACAAUCGCCCGACUUUAAAUCAAAGAUGCCUGCAAAUUAUGGCGCAAUCUCGUCAACGCAGAGAUUCGCGAGUGAAACUUAAUGCAAACAUGUUGUGCACAAACUGAAAUUGAAUGAUGUAAUGCCUUCGAACACCCUUUUAUCUCAAACCAAUUUUUAUGUCUUUGAUGCAAAAAGAAAAAAAUGAAUCUCCUUGCACUUGUCUGUCCCCCUUUCCACUUUCCUAUUUGUGGCUGUGAAAAAUGUACGAAAAUCCCCACACACAAAUAAAAAAAUAAUUUAAAAAUA